UUAAAUUCAGGUGCUGGUGGUCUGAACCUGAGACAGAAGUGUUGGGAAGAUGGACACCACAAUGAAGCUGUCUUGGAUGGUGUUGUUAGUGUUUUCAGGUAAUUCAGCAAUAACACCAGCAAUAAGAUGGCCAAGACCAGCCCUAGAAAAAACUCCUGUCUUUCAUUUUCCAGAAACCAUAUUACCUGAUUACAGAAGAGACCUCCGACUGGUAAAUGGACGGGAUAACUGUCAAGGCCGUGUUGAAGUUCGGCGUAACUACGAAGAAUGGGGAACAGUUUGUGAUGAUUUAUGGAAUCUAACCGAUGCGACUGUAGUAUGCAGACAGCUCGGAUGUGGACAAGCUAUUGCAGCUAAAGGUGACGCAUAUUUUGGACAAGGAUAUGGUCCUAUUCUCCUGGAUGAUGUUCAGUGCCGAGGAUAUGAAUCCUAUCUGUGGGAAUGUGAAACUUCAGGCUGGGGAAAUCAUAACUGCGGCCACGGUGAGGAUGCUGGUGUUAUUUGUUCAGGGAGUGCUUAUCCAACAUCAGGUCCUCACUGGACACCACCAGUAUCACCAGCACCACUUGAGCUCCGAUUAGUAAAUGGAAGUCAUAACUGUCAAGGGCGUGUUGAAAUUAGGGAUUAUUAUCAAGGUUGGGGGACUGUUUGUGAUGAUUUAUGGGACCUGAAUGAUGCCAGUGUGGUAUGCCGACAGCUUGGAUGUGGAUAUGCCAUCCAAGCAACACAAGGACCACGGUUUGGUCAAGGACAUGGCCCUAUUUACCUGGAUAAUGUUCAGUGCAGCGGGAAUGAAAGCUAUCUUUGGAAAUGCGCAAGUGCAGGCUGGGGAAAUCAUAACUGCAAUCACAAUGAGGAUGCUGGUGUUAUUUGUUCAGGGAGAUUCACUACAACGCAAAGACCAGUAACAAUGUCAAGACAUUCUUGUGGUGGUUUUCUUGGAUACCCAUCCGGAUCGUUUAAAAGUCCAUAUUAUCCUUAUAAUUAUCCAAACAGUGUGGACUGUCUAUGGGAAAUACAAGUUAAAAACAACUACCAAAUAAGACUUACCUUGCAAAAUUUUCUGCUAGAAGAAUGUAAUAGAUGCAAUUGUGAUUAUGUUGAAAUCUAUGAUGGGUCUCUCCAUACUGGUUCACUGCUUGGGAGAAUUUGUUAUGGCUCCUAUCACACUUUUACAUCAAGUUCCAAUAUGAUGACGAUUAAAUUCCAUACUGAUAGCAGUGUCACAAGAAGAGGCUUCCUUGCAAACUAUUACAGCAUCUCUGCAAAUCAAAACACAACUCUUGUUUGUCUGCCAACCUACAUGGAAGCUGUAAUUAGUAGAAGUUAUCUGAACUCUCAAGGCUAUAAUCCAUGGAGUGUCAGCUUGAUGGAUCCAAACUGCAGACCAAAGAUAACACCAUAUUAUGUUAUUUUCAACAUACCAUACAAUGGAUGUCGGACCAGAAGAGAUGUUGAUGCUGAUACUAUUACAUAUUCAAAUGAGAUCUCUGUAAUAGCACCUGCACAAAACUUCAUAAGAAGAAUACCAGAUCUUCUUGUGCAUGUCAACUGCAAGAUGCUUCAUCACACUUGGAUAGAGACAGUAUACAUCGCUCAGCAAACAAAAGAGAUUAAUGAAACACAAUAUGGCCUAUAUAGUGUGAACCUUACAUUUUAUGACUCAUCCUUCUGGAAACCAGUGAAUGAUGUACCUUAUUAUGUCGUAUUAAAUCAAAGGUUAUAUUUGCAAACUUAUCUCUAUAGUUCCGAUUCCAACCUGCAGCUGUUUUUGGAUACUUGUACAGCAUCACCCUAUUACAAUGAUUUUACAAAUCUAACUUAUGACAUUAUCAAGAAUGGGUGUGUUAAAGAAUCUACUUAUCAGACUCACUACUCCCCAUACAGAAACAUUCUUCGCUUUUCUUUCCAAGCCUUUGCCUUCAUGGGCAGACAUCCAGCAGUUUACCUGCAGUGUAAAGUGGUGGUUUGCAGAUCCUAUGACUAUAACUCAAGAUGUAAUCGAGGCUGUCUGCUCAGAUCCAAGAGAGAUACAGGCUCCUAUCAGGAGAAUCUAGAUGUCAUUAUUGGCCCCAUCGAAGUUCUGAAGACUGGUGCUCAGAACAGAAACUUUGAAGCAAAGCAGGAAGCCCAGGAAAAUUUGGCAACUCCUGAUUCCCAUGUACCUUACAUUGUUGCUGCUGCCGUCCUUGCACUUGUUGUCAUGACUCUUGCAGGAAUUAUUCUGAAAAACAAGUGGAAAAGAUCAAUUCCAUAUGAAAUAAUGUGAGGGCUUAAAAUCUUGUGUUAUAAACCAAUGCUUGAGUUAAUUGUGAUGGACUUAAUCACAAUUGGAUGGAUUGUGUCCUCAACAGUAAUAGUGAUAUUUCUCCAAUAUAUUAACAUUUUUUUUGUGAUUUAUGUUGAUUUUGCUUUUACAUUAAAGUUAAAAACUAGGAAAUUAGGACCUGAAAAGUUUGUUAACAUCUAUAGUAGCAACCUGAAAAUAUGCUUAUUUCCCCCCUAAAAUGAAUACUAUCUAAAAAUAUAUGUUGAUUGGAUUAUACAGGUUAUCAUGAACAUAUUUAUGCAUUUAGAUUAUACAUGCACAAAGAAACACACACAGAAACACACACACACACAUAUUCACAUACAAGCUACAUCAAAAAAACCUCUGCUUACGCUUCCCAGUUGUUACCAAUUGUUAUCAAUUCAAGGUAUACUGGGCAUAUAUUUCUUUGGCCAUUUGUCAUAUUCUUGAACACACUAUCUAGAGUAAAGGGAUAGGGCUGGGAUGUCAUUCCAUAUAAUGUGGUUCAACUGUCUCUUCGGUCAUUCUCAGUCCAGGAUGAAGGUAUACAACAAGCACCUCUGUUCUCUUUAGUCUUGCUAUUUAGCUAAAUAAAACUCUAGCAGGAAGCUUGUUUCUGAAAGUUCUACAGUUUUUAUCAAGUUAUCUCCAGACUGGCUAGCUUAACUCUACUAUCAAUUGAGAAAAAGUGUUUAAAGAGAAGUUAUAUUUUCAUUAUAAAACCGUACAAUGUGAGAAACAUUGAUGUGGAUUUGAAACUGUACUGAUAAUGAGUUCAUAUUAAGCAAGGUACAUGUUGCAACCAGUUCAACAGACAUUUCCACGCGCUCCUCCAAAGUGGCCCAACCCAGAAUAUAAUAGUUUAGCCAGGAGAUUAUUAGUCAAGUACAGUAGCAGCAAGAAAACCUUGACGCGUUUUUGCAAACUGACAAGUAUUUCUAGGUGAUUCAAACAAAUUCAGGAAAAUUAGUCUAAUGAUUAUUUCCCAAAGAACAGCAUGGCCUUCAAAUCAUUUGCCAAGAGUCAAAGUUCGAUCACAUAGUCCAGGGGUAGUCAACCUUGGCUCUUUUAUGACUCGUGACUUCAACUCCCAGAAAUGCUGGGAAUUGAAGUCCACGAGUCAUAAAAGAGCCAAGGUUGACUAUCCCUGAGAUAGUCCCUCAAGGCAACCCAUAGGGCUGUACCUUCACAUAACAACACUAGGAAAGGUUUAAAAAAAGGUAAAUUGUAAACUCUUUAGAAUAUAAAAAUAUGUAAUUUUCUACAGUAUUCCCUAUAACAUUAUGGUUAUUUAUUCAGCUGACUAUAAAGAUGCACACUUAGAUGUUCCUAGGCCCUGGUAUAGAGAGCAUAAUGAUUAUAUUAGUGGAAACAGAUACUUGAAUAUAAUCCAUAGCAUCCCUGGAAGAACAAAAAAAAACAAGGAUGUUACAUCAAUAAAGGAGAAUAUUUGUAGCUCAGUGUUGAAAUGAGGCAUCCUCAGUGCUGUCUGAGCUUGGUUGUUUUCUUGAAGAUGUUUCAUUAACCCAAACUUUGAUGAUGUCACCUAGUUUGGGUAAUGACAUGUCUGCAACAAAACAGAGAGCUCAGAGAGCACCAACGACCCGUCAAGGAUGCUAAAGUAGAUGCAAAGUUGAAAAGGAAGGAAUUGCUUUAUUCCUGCUGAAUUUAGGUAUGUAUACUUUUGAAUAGGUCUCCUUCCAAAAAGUGGAGAAUGUUCAUCAAUAAAAAUGCUCCCAUAAACCAAAUCUCAGUGGUUUCUCAAAUAUAGAAAAGGAGAAUAAAGGCUUAGGCAUCAUCUUUCCUUAUUCUUUAACAACAGCUUUAAGAAUGAAGUCAUGGGAAUUGCAUGUGUAGUGAAGUCCUGAUUCAAAAAGCAGUUUAUCUGUUUUUAUUUGGAUGCAUGGUUUGCUUGUUACUUAAGUGUUCCCCUGCUUUUCACUCAACAAACUGUUAAACACAUGUUAUACAUAUUGGCAACAAUACACUGAAUAGCAAAGGAUCAAUACCCUUGCAGGAUUAAGCAGAAUUAUCUAUAAGAUAUCUGGAAGUUGAUUUAUGACAACCAGACUCAUUUUCUUGUUGGUUCAAAACAUUUCACUGCAUAUCAAAGUAGCUUCUUCAGUCUGACUGACUCUGAAGAAGCUACUUCGAUAAGCAGCAGAAUGUUUUGAACCAACAAGAAGUCCAGUUGUUAUUAAUCAAAUUCCACACACCUCUAUCCAGAUGGGCUGAGAAUCUUCUUCAAUCUAGAAGAUAUUUUUCCCCAGAAAGUUGUUUUUAAAAUGACCAGAGAUUGAUGUUCAUUAGUUGUGUGUUUAUGCAUUAACACAUUUUGCCAUUACUGACCCUUACUAUGUUCACAUUCAUGUUGAUGAAGAGAAACUAGUGAAUUUCCUUGUAAAUAUUUUUUUUGCAGACACUAUUGCUGAUAAAGAUUAGUUUGCCUUAGAUUAACAAAUUUGCUUGAGUGAUUUCUCAUUUCUUCUUUGGAACUUGAAGUGCCAAGGCCUUGACUUCUCCUUGAACUAUCUGCAAACCUCUUCCUUAUUUAUUCAUUUAUUAAUCAUGCAAUUUUCCAUUCUUAGUUUUCUGCACCACCUCAUCUGUUCGAUGCCAACAUAAGUAUGUCUUCCAUCUUUGCAUUACUUAGUACUUGGCUUCACAUAAUUGUAUUAUUGCUAUCUUUUGCUUGAUUUGGUUCAUGGUUUCCUCUGCCUUUAUAUUAUAUUCAUUUGAUGAAUACUUAGAGAAUGUCUGUAAGCAUUCAUGAGCAUGGCUGGGAUUAAUAGGAUCUACAAAUCUUUGAAAAGGAACUUUAAUUCAAUGAAGCUGGGAUUGAAUUACCCCACAGAAUCAGAGUUUCAGGCCCAGUAGAGAUCACUUUGAAGCUACAUAUCACAUCAUAAGGCUGCCUUUUAAAUCACUAUUUGAAUUGGCAGCUUUUCUUCUUGUUUUGAGGUUCUUUUGUAGGCAAUAUAAACAUAAUUUCCAUGGAUGUAGAAUAUUCUUGGAUAUGAGCAGCUAGUUGGUUAAUUAUUUUAUCUCCUCCAAGUUAUUUGAGACAUUUAAAUUGUUUUAGGAUUAAUUGUACUAUGGGAAACCAUAAUAUUUAUUUUUAUUCUGAAAUAUGCUGAUCUGCUUGUUCUGAGGUUACUCUUGAAGAUUUUUAGAAAUUAUACCUCUAGAACCAGGAGUGAUUUGCUGUGUUCUGGACAUGUUCUAUCCGUGUAACAGGACAUUUCAAAAUGUUACAUAUAGAACACCACAGUCUCCAUCCUGAACUGGAAGAACUACUUCUGGAAAACAAGUAACAAUUCUUGGAAUAAUUGGAUCAAUGAAUUCUAAAGGAGAAGGAUGAUAUUGGGCGUUUUAAUGUUCCCUUGAAAGUUCUGUUUUCAAAAUGAUGAGUUUUCCACAUUGUUUGGAGUUGGAUGGCCAAUAAAUUUAGAAAUCAAUA